UCCAUCCAUCCCAUCCGACGAUCGAUCGACAUUCCACCGGACGUCAUGAUCCGAGUGAGGUGAUCCAGCCCAAAGCCACUGAGCGCAUCAAUACCAUUCAUUCUUUCAUUCAUUCCCCUCCUUACUUCCUUUGCAUCGCAUCGCAUCGCAUCGCGUCACACGAGAUAUUCCACACAAGAAUACAUACCACUACAUCACAUUAUUGCACAGCAGUGGCAAACAAUCAAAUAUGGACCACGAAAUCCCCCUCCCCCCACCACCGCGCAUCCGCCAUCGCGACCCCUCCAACACCAACAACAAUAGUAAUAACAACAACAAUAACACCCGUCACGCGACACGCCAUGCUCACCACCACCGUCUCCCCUCGCGCUUCAUUGAUGACCGCUCCAGUCAACCGUCUAGCGAUCCGGCACUCUUCUCCAGCGAUGAUAUCCCCGCCUCGGGUCUAGAGAACUACAAUAAUGCGCCUGUUAGUCGGAAGCGCCGGUACCGCGGCACCUGGUGGGGAGAGAUGGUGAAGGACAAGGACGCGAAGCGCAAGCGGGCGGAUUUCAAGGAGAAGCGGUUGGUGGAUAGUGGCGUGUGGAUGGGAAGUGAUGAUUACGAUUCUGGUCCCGGGUCAGGGUUCUUGCCUUCUGAUGCGGAUUUGGGAGAGGAUUGGUUGAAUUCGCAUGCGAAUGGAGGCACAAAGACGAUGGUGAUGCCGCAGAAUCAGAUUCAACAACAAGGAUUCAGGAAAGUCGAAGAAGAACCGCGCGAGCAUCAAGUCGCACGGGGGAUCGUGAAUGAUUGUCUCGAGAGAGGCGAGGACAGUGUUGACUUGAGUGGCCUCACCCUCCGCCUCAUCCCCCCUAACCUCCUCCACCCCCUCCAACACCUCACCAAGCUCCCCACCAUCAAAGAGCCCCCCAUCAGCGAAGACGUCUACACCUCCCUGCAACCCUUCCUCCGCCUCUUCCUCGCCGGCAACGCCCUAACCCAAGUCCCCGGACAAGUCUUCGACCUCGACUCCCUCCGCGUCCUCAGUCUCCGCUACAACAAACUCACCUCCAUCCCCGCGGCCAUCCGCCGCCUCACCCUCCUCCAGGAACUCAACCUCUCCGUGAACCGUCUCCCCACCCUCCCGUGGGAACUCCUCUUCCUCAUCCGCAAAGGCGACCUCAAACACCUCACCGUCCGCCCCAACCCCCUCCUCCAAAUCGAAGACCAGCCCAUCGCCAAAUGGCACGUCCCAACCGAUGACGACACAGAGACGGAGACACAACAACCCUACCUGAAAUCAAUCACCUACGACGGCCCACCCCCAGAAGAAGCAUGGGCACCUAUCCACGUCGCCACCGGCCCAGUCACAUACUACAACGCCGAAGGCAUCCCAGUCCCUACUGAACAAACCCCCACUACCACCACCAACCACCAAACAACAACCCCAACAAUAAACAUCAUCUCCCGCGUGCCCUCCCUCCGCGAAAUCUCACUCCUAGCAUUUACCCGCUCAACAUACCCAGACCUGAUCGCCGACGAAGAAAUGGACAAUUUCCCGGCCCUAAUGACCCGCUUACUCCGACAAGCGAAGGAAGUUCGUAGCGCAGGAGGGCGGAGUUGUUCCUCGUGUCAUCGGGGAUUCGUCCUCGCGCGGACGGAGUGGAUUGAGUGGUGGGAUGUGAGUACGUAUGAGAAUGGGUUGAAGGGGCCGAGGGCGUCCGGGGAGGUGUUGAGGCCGUUGCCGUUUAGGAGGGUUGGGUGUAGUUGGGGGUGUGUGCCUGCCUGAUUUGGUGGCAUGAUGGGGGAGUAUGUAUAUUUAUUUAGUAAGUUGUUGUGUGUGGGUAUGGAUGGAUGGAUGGAUGGAUGU